CAAGUCCAGAACCGCCAAGCAUACCUAUACCUGCAACCCAAAAACCACAAGACGUAGCAAUAAAUAUUAUUUUAGGUCAUCCGAGAACCACACAUCGCAGCCCCCAACUCUGUACUUCCAUCUCCAUUGGUCUACAAUGCUUACGCCCAGCCUUCAUCCGGAUGGACCAUCAAGAUACCGUCAGCUCACUCAGCGAGCAAGAAUAGAUAAAGUGCUUACACAGCCUAAUAUCGCUAACCUGCGCAGUUAAAGUGAACUCAAGCCUCGAUCUCACUCUUCUCUUUCAUCAAGUCACCUCCAGUUAAGACAAGAACUCAACAUGCAUCCUGCUUACACACUGUAUAUCGGGCUCGAAGCUCGUGUAACCGAAUGGAAGAACGAUAUGUAUGCGACUGUCAGUAAAAGGCUCAGUGCGCCCACUGAUGCACAAUACCAGGUUGAUGAGAAGAAACUCAUGAUCACGGAGAAGCAAGUUGAAGAAGGACGAGGAUCAGAGAAGGAAUUGCUGGAACAGAAAUAUGCCAGUCAGACAUGAUCAAAUGUCACAUCUGGCCCGGAAGCGAUGAAAUCGAACUGCCAAGUUGUUUAUCAUGUCUCGCACAGUGUCAGCCGAUCCCUCACGUUGAAGCUUUUAUAUAUCCAUUUCCCACCCCUAUCUAUCUACUCUUGAACAACCGCCUUUUA